AUGGCGUCACAACCCACGGAGCAAAGCCUGCUCAGACCGGGCAAGGAGGAUGACAAGACGCGCACAUACUUCCGUACCCACACCGUUGCGCUGGGGAUUGCUGCAUUCUUCGGUCUGGGGAUUGCUGCAUUCCUCGUCGUGGGCGGCAUCCUUACGUUUCUUCCACGCAACAGCACAAAGGUGAUGUGGAGCGGCAAGAACGGGGAUGCAAUGCGGUCGGGCCACUCGUCCGCGUUUUCGGGACCAACGUCGUUGGCCAAGGCGGCGUGGACUUACCAAUAUCCAGGCCUACCCUACCUGGCCGACGACUACGAGUCGCCGCUCGUCGAUGCGGACGGCAAUGUCUUUGUGGGCGAGGCCGUGGGCACCGUCCUCAAGCUCUCGGCGAACGGCGCCGUGCUGUGGAGGAAAGACCUCGGUGCUGGCGGCUUGGCGACGCCCGCGCUCGACUACAGCGACGCCCACGGCAAGCUCCUCCUCUACAUCACCCCGUUGGUGGGAGGCCGUAUGCUUGCGCUCGACGCGUCCUCUGGAGCCGUCGUGCUCAACGUUACCUACGGGAGGGGCACCACCGGACAAGGCGACGGCUGGUCCGUCGGGGCGGCGGCAGGUGUGGUCGUGGUCAGCGGCUUGGCUGCCGAUGCGCCCAUGGUCCGAGGGAUGGUUAGCACGCCCUCCGUCUUCGCACUCAACGCGUCGACGGGUGCCCCCGUCUGGGGCUUCUCCGCGUUCGAAGGCCCCGCCUCCCUGAGCAACGGCAGCUACGGGCCGUACAACUUCCUGCCGAUCAUCGUCGUCGACGACAAGCCGCGGCCGUCGCUGCUGUACGAGACGGCCGACGGCGCGGUGGUCAAGCACGACCUCUGGCGUGGCGACGUGCUCUGGCGCCUCGCGCCGCCCCUGGGCGGCGACAACCAGACGACGACCACCGCCGGCUGUGCGAUGGCAAGCGAGCCCGUCGGUCGGCGGAUGCUCGUGUGCGUGUCGAAUGUGGGCUACAGCUCGCAAAUCAUGUCCGCUCUGAGUCUCGAGCUGAACGGGGUGAUUCGCGCGAUCGACGUGGCGAGCGGCCACGUGGUGUGGCAGACGUACACCGAGUUCUUCGGUGAGGCCGCUCCCGCCAUCGCCCACGGCCGGGUCUACGUGGGUCUGCUCGGAUUCUCGACGUCCAAUGUGAUGACGCCGGGCCACAAGGGCAAUAUGACCGCCCUCAACGCGAGCACGGGGGCGAUUCUUUGGCAGACGCCCACGCACGAGAAUCCGACCAUGGGUGCGGCCAGCUGCGUUCCAGACACGUUCAACAACGCCGCAGUCGGCGCUGAUGGCACCGUCUACUUUGGCUGGUGGGGUGGGUACGUGUAUGCAGUCGACGGGAAGACUGGCACGAUCCUGAGCUCCUUUCAGACCCAGAGCGGCAUCCAAGGCGCGCCAGCCAUCGGCGACGGCGUGGUCUACUUCUCGACUUGCGAGCACCUCUACGCCUUCAAAAAGGACACACCGCCAUGA